AUGUUUUGCUUGACACAUGCCUGCCUGGCAAGCAAAGUAACAGGCGGCAGCGCCAGGAACCAGGCGGGCACUUUUCGCAAAAAGUUCAAAGUUUUUCACGUCAUUCCAGGAACCCCCGUCGCGCCUGUUGAGAAGCUGAAAGAGCAGCGUCGGCGCUUCGGCCAAGAUCGAUAUUCCCGACAGCCGGAAUAUCGCCCUGGGCGGAAUGUUAGGAUGGAUCCAAAUACUUACACGUUGUAUGCCACAGUGAAGGGUGUUGUUUCAAUUCGUACAUCACGAAUAAACCCGAGUUAUAAAUGGUUGGACGUGGAGCCGGACAUUCAAAAAGUCGUGCGGUCGCGGGCUAUGCGUCAGGCGCUACAGGAACGCGGGCAGGCAUCUAUGCUGGUCGCGAGCAACCCCAACUACAAGGCGGAGCUGGAUAAUUUUGAGGAUCCACAGUGGCGUGAACGGAUUAUGCGGCUGAGCAAGGCUACGAAGAAGCUACAGGAUCCGAAUUUAUUCACACAAGGCCAUUUGCAGGCGCUUGAUCCACCGAGUCGUUACUCGUAUGAGUAG